CGCAAUGGUGCUAUGGGGGCACUGGCGGAAUGGAAAGGGGAGGAAAGCCUGUUCUCUACUCUCAUAUUAUCGGCCAUGCCCGGAGGUGAAUAUGCCAUAUCAGCAGCUUCCGUCCUGAUGGAUGGUUAACUGAUAGAUUCUUUUGAAUCUCCACAGAAUAGCCUCAGCACCUUCUCGAGCCAUUCAUCCAUCCCUAUAUCCAUACACACCAAUCGAAUAGCCUCAGAACCUUCUCGAGUCAUUCAUCCAUCGCCAUUUCCAUACAUACUAAUCGAAUACCAUGUCAUCAUUUACAGCCAACCCCUACCGCCACAAUGCCGUCGAGUCCGACUCCCGGCUUGCCGAUAGUGCUGCUCGGCUCUUCUCAUAUACCGAUUCAGUGCGCGCAAUACACUGCGACGGCGGGUAUAAGGAGACACUACAAUCGCUACCCGCGAUCGAGGAAUACGUGCAGAAAUUCUCCGCCUUCGCAGGAACCCGCAUCAUCAUCAUCCCGCAGCGGUUCUCGUGGGGCGAGCUAAUGGUCUCGGAAGCCAGUCUCCGCACGCUGCUGCAGGGACUGGGAGUUUUCGGCGAGUUCUCGGACCUGAUCCGGGCAUUCGGCGCGAAGACAUCGCCCGUCGACGAGACGUACGCUGUGCGUCCGAUCUUCCAGAAGGAGGCGUCGGGUUCUUUCCGUCUCUGCUACCUCGCAAAACACGUCGAGCAGAAUAAUAAGCUGCCCAAGCAGCAAGUGGACAUCUACUCCGUACGGCAGAUGGCCGUCUACCACGGCUACGACGCACAGAACGACGCACACACGUUCGUGCUGGUGAAUCCGUCCACCACGUUCCAGAUGCACUGGCUACAGGCGCAAAAGAGCGAUCCGCAAGGGAUGGGCUGGAUGGAUUUCCACGUGGCGGUGGCGUAUGCCAUGUCCUGUCGCUGGCGGGAAUAUGUCAACCACCUCGAAGACAAGUUCGACAAGACUCACGACAAAUCACUCACCGGUCCGAGCGACGACGACCACGUCGCCUUCGCGGACAUCCAGAACCUGCAAAUUCUCAAAGACAAAGUCCUGCACCUCGAGCACGUGCUCCGGCUGAACCUCGGCGUAUUCCAAGAGCUGCAGAGCCUUCUGCAGACAAUAUCCGCGCCGGAGCGCGCACUCACCGCGUGUCCCUCUCCCGCCGGCGCAAACCUCAAGAUCGCAAAUCUCUUCUCCCGAUACCUGUCGGAAACCGCAGUCGCCGGGCAGCGCGCUGAGCACCUCAUGAAACGCAUCGAUGGUGCGUCCACGAUGUUUCGUACAAUCCUAGACUUCACGGCCAUGCAGAGCGCCCGCCACGAGAGCGAAUCAAUGCUGGUCCUGUCGCAGAAAGGACAACGCGACAGCAGGACGAUGAAGAAUAUAACGCUCCUGGCGCUUGUGUUCCUUCCAGCUACAUUCGUCGCAGUACGCAACCCCCUCCCCGCCCUCCUUUUAAGUACACACAGCUCAUGCGACAUACAGACGAUCCUUUCGAUGAAGUACAUAAGCAGCACCCCCGGCGGCGGUCUCCACCUCGCAAACGAGAUGUGGAUAUUCCUGAUACUGACACUGCUGUUGUUGGGAGUGACGCUGGGGUACUGGAAGUGCUGGGAGCAUCGGCAGGUAGUUUCGACGGAUACAGAACAGCAGCGGGAGAGCGGGGGGGAUAAGGGAGAAGGGGAAGUGGAAAUGGGAGGGCGACUAUAUGGUACAGUCGGCGGUAUCGGAGGGAAGUGGUAUGAUAGGUAUAGAAGUGCGAGGGCGAAGGUAUCGUGUAGUCAGCGAUGCCGGAGGGAGAUGGUAUGAUGUGUAUAGAAGUGGGAGGGAGACUAUAAUGUGUACAAUAGUCAAUCGGAGGGUGAGGGAGAUGGCAAGUACGGUUCUUCGAUGGCGGGACAACGGCGCAUAAAAAAUAGAAUAAAAAUAAAAACUUGAA